AUGGGUAACAAAAUUGGAGCAAUCCUAGUAUCCUCAAACAGAGAUCAUUAUCCUUUCACCAGUAAACUUGAUUUUGACUAUACAAGUAACAUGGAAGAAUAUGAACUGUGUAUCAUGGGAAUCCGGCCAGCUAUAGAACGUAAGAUCAAAGUGCUGAAAGUAUGCGGUUAUUCGGCACUAGUAAUCUGUCAACUCAAGAAUGAAUGGGAGACAAGAAAUUCCAAGCUGAUUGAUUAUCGAAGGUUGGUUCUCGAGUUAAUUAAAGAGUUUGAUGACAUCACCUUUUGCUACCUCCCGCAAGAUGAAAAUCAGAAGGGCAAUGCCUUGGCUACCUUAGCCUCCAUGGUCAGAGUGAACAAACAAGAUAAUGUAAAACCUAUCCAGAUGAGUAUCUAUGAGGUUCCAGCCUAUUUCUACAACAUCUGGGAAGAAAAAAAGGAUGGUCACCCUUGGUACCAUGACAUAUUGCAAUAUGUAAAGAAUCAUGAAUACCCUGAGCAGCCAAUCAAGAAUGAUAAAAGAACGCUAAGAAGGCUGGCCAAUAAGUAUGUCCCAGAUAGGGAGAUACUAUACAAAAGAAGAAAAGAUCAGGUGUUACUAAGAUGUGUAGAUGCUAUUGAGGCUAAGAAAAUCCUAGAAGAAGUCCAUGAGGGUGUUUUCAGAACACAUGCUAAUAGUUUCACAAUGCCUAGGCAAAUUAUGAUAUUCGAAUAUUAUUGGUCCACUAUGGAAUAUGAUUAUGUUAAUUAUGCAAAGAGGUGUCAUAAAUGUCAAAUUUAUGGGGACAAAAUUCAUGUGUCUCAUUCACCUCUCCAUGUGAUGACUUCUUUGAGGCCUUUCUCCAUGUAG